UAAUUCACUUGCAGAAGUUUUAAUGGCGUUAUACACCCCACAAACUGUAACUUUUCUAUAUCUAGCAUUGUUGGCAAGCCAUGGAAUAUUUUUCCAUCCAAUUGUAAUGGGAGACGAAAAUGGAUCCUCUUCUUCAUCAUCAUCAUCUUCUUCGCAUUCAUCUUCAUCAUCAUCAUCUUCUUCGCAUUCAUCUUCAUCCUCUUAUUCAUCAUCAUCAAGCUCAAGUUCUUCUAGCACCUUUCAAAAGCAAGAAGAUUAUUGGAAGGAACAUUUAGGGGAAAAUACAAAAAUGCCAAAGGCUAUCAAGGAUUCUAUGAAUGAAAAUAAUAACCAAAAAGGAGAUUCGCAAAUGAAUGCCAAUUCAAUGACCAAGUUUAAAAGUUAUGUUGGAACAAAGGAUGCAAAAAUUUAUAAUAAUGACAUGAAUAAACAAAGUGGUGCUACUAGUGAUGGAACACGCAUAUCAAAUGAUGGAAGCUUUAGUUCUUCGGCCUCAAGUGAAGCAUCAAGUAAAUGGUCAAGUGAACAUUCUAGCCACAAAUCUAACCAAUUCUCAAAGUCCCACCAUUCAUCGUCUCAAGCUUCGGGAGAGUCAUCAAGCCAUGCGUCGGCUCAAGUUUCCGGAGAGUCAUUAGGUCAUGCAUCAACUCAUGCUACUGGUGAGUCAUCAAGUCAUGCAUCGGCUCAUGCUUCUGGUGAGUCGUCAAGUCAUGCAUCGACUCGUGCUUCUGAUGGGUCGUCAAGUCAUGCAUCGGCUCAUGCUUCUGCAGAGUCGUCAAGUCAUGCAUCGGCUCAUGCUUCUGCAGAGUCAUCAAGUCAUGCAUCGGCUCAUGCUUCUGCAGAGUCGUCAAGUCAUGCAUCGGCUCAUGCUUCCGAAGAGUCAUCAAGUCAUUCGUCAGCGCAUGAUUCUAGAAAAUCAUCAAGUCAUUCAUCAGCGCAUGAUUCUAGAGAGUCAUCCAGUCGUUCAUCAAAUCAUACUUCUGGAGAGGCAUCAAGUCAUUCAUCGGCUCAUUCUUCUGGUGAGUCACCAAGCCAUGCAUCAGCUCAUGCUUCUGAGGAGUCAUCAAGUCAUGCAUCAGCUCAAACUUCUAGAGAAUCAUCAAGUCAUGUGUCAGCUCAUGCUUCUGGAGAAUCCUCAAGUCAUAGAUCAAGCGAUCACUCAAGUCAAGAGCUGUUGGACAAGGCAUCCAAAUCCUCAAAAUCCUCGAGUAAAGCAAUCAACCAAUUUUCACAAACAAAUACAGGUCAAAAAUCUAAUGAAACGUCAAAUUCACAAAAAGAUGUAAAUCAAGCUUUAGACCAAGAUUCUAAAGCAUCCUCAACCCAUGCAUCAGGGUCAAAUCAUGCCUCAAAUCACACAUCAAGUUCAUCAGAUGCCUCUAAUAAAGUAGAGAAAUCUUCAAGCACGACUUUAGGGAAAGGAUCUAAUAAAGCAUCAAACCAAGCUUCUAGUUCAUCCCAAUCCCAUGCAUCGAAGUCAAGCGCACCCUCAAACCAAACAUCAAGUUCAUCGCAAGCCUCUAAUAAUAAAGGUGAGAAAUCUUUAAACAUGACUUCUGGAAUGGAAUCUAACAAUGAUUUCCAUAAUUCUUCUACAAAAGCAUCAAGACAAAACUCAAAUGAAGCAUCAAGCAAAUCUAAAAAAGAACCUGAUUAUGUCUUCCAGCAAGCAUCUAAGGAUUCCAAUCACACUUCUGCACAAGCUUCUGAAAGUUCCUCGAAUGAUAUAUCAAAUAAUAACUCCAAUUAUGCAUCCCAACAAUCUGCUAAAAAUUCUUCAAGCCAAGCAUUUAAACAAUCUUCUGAAAACUCAUCAAGUCGAGCAUCUGGGCAAUCUUCUACAAAUUCCACUAGUCAAAACUCUAAUCAAAGAUCUCAACAAUCUUUUGAAAGUUCCUUAAGUAAAAAACCAAGCCAAAAUGCUACUAAUAGAUCAGAGCAUUCUUUUGAAUCUUCCACUAGCCAAACCUCAAAUCAAAACUCGAGUCAAAUUUCAAGAGAGUCUUCUAAAAAGAAAUCUAACCAAAUCUUUAAUAAUAAAAACAAUACUACUAAACAAUCUUCUAAUUUUUCCUCUAACCAAGCUUCAAAACAUAAUUCUAGCCAAGCAUUUUAUCAUUCUUCUGAAAAUUCCUCAAAUCACCAUUUUUCCAAAGAAUCAAAUAAAAGUUCAAAACGCUCUAGUGAAGGAUAUAAUCAAACAUCUAGCCACCACUCUAGUAUAAAAUCAAAACACUCUUCAAGAAAUCACUGUAGCCAAUCAUCUAGUGAAGCCUCAAGCCAACAAUCUAGUCAUGAAUCCAAACAUGUUAAUACAACCCAUAACUUUGGCCAAGAAGCAGAUGAAACCUCAAGCCAAAACUCUAGUCAGGAUGCUAAACAUGCUUCAAGAAAUGACUACAACGAAGCAUUUGAUAAAGCAACAAACCAACACUCCAGACAAGAAUCUAACAAUGAAGUUGCAAGCCAAAACUCUAGCCAAGCUUCUAAAAAUUCAACAAAACAACACUCAAGUGAAAAUUCUAAGCAAUCAUCUAGUAAAGAGUCUAGUGAAGCAUCUAACCAAGCAUCAGAAAAAUCUUCAAGCCAAAACCAUAAUGAAGCAUCAGGUGAAUCUUCAAACAAUACCACCAAUAACACUUCCCAACAAAAAGGUAUUGAAGCAUCUGAAAAAUCUUUAAGUCAAAACUCUAAUAAAAACUCUUCACAAGACUCAUCUCAAAUACAAAACCAAGUAACAAACAAAAGCUUUGGGCAAGAAUCUACCAAAGCCUUCAGCCCACCAGGAAACAAACCAUCUGUGGAAGCCUCUACUCAACAUUCUGGUGAAACAUCACAUCAAGGUUCAAGCCAAGUAACAAACCAAGCCACAAAUAAGAACUCUUGGCAAAAAUCUAGUAAAGCCUCAACUAAGGAAACCUCAAGUCAACAAUCUUACAAAGCAUCCCAACAAGGUUCCACUCAAGUUCCAAGCAAAGCCACAAACCAAAACUCUGAAUCCAACAACAGGUUCUCAAGUCAAUCCUCGCACAAGCAGUCUAGUAAAGCUUCCAAUGAAUACUCUAGCCAAUCUUUAAGCCAUCGCUCUAACUCACUAUACGACCAUGAAUCAAGCCAUCAUCACUCAAGAAAAUCCUUUCAUCACCAUGCAUCAAAAUCAAGUAAACACUAUUAUAGGCCAGCUAAAUCACCAGCCACAGAUAAGACAAAAAGCUAUGAAGCACCUAUAGACUCAUCUACCAGUCCAAAUCUAUCAACCUAUACAAAUACAUUCAAAGGACCUCAAUCUAUGUUAGAGAACGUAGUCUCUAUUGAGGAUUCUAUUGCUUCUCUAUUCUUUUCUGAAGGAGAUUUAAGCCUUGGAAAGAAAAUGAGCCUACACUUCACAAAAUCAACCAAUCUUGCCACCUUCCUACCUCGAGACAUGGUUGAGAAGCUACAAUUUUCCCUUGCUAAUCUAUCUCAAAUUUUAAAACAUUUUAACCUUAAAAUGGAUUCACUAGAGGCUACAUUAAUGAAAGAGACCUUGAGUUAUUGUGAAGAUGGAAAAGGUAGUGAUAAGUGUUGCUACUCCCUAGAGUCAAUGGUUGAUUUUGCCACAUCUAUCACAGGGAAUCACGUUAAAGCAAUAUCUGCAAACAUAGAUAAAGAUAUCAAGAUGGAAUAUAAAGUUCAAGGAAUCAAAAAACUUCCAUGUGGAUCUCAAUCGGUUGUUUGCCAUAAGAUUCCUUUCCCUUGUGCUGUGUUCUAUUGUCAAAAGUCACAAAAUUUGAAUGUUUUCAUAGCAACAUUGGUCGGUACCGAUGGAUCGACCUUGAAUGCACCCGCAAUUUGCCAUAAAAUUACAAACUCGAAAACUUGUGCUAUAUGUCAUUUCCUACUUGAUGAUGAUAUUUUGUGGAUUGCAAAAUGACUUUUUCAUUAGAAUUUGUAAUAGAUUAUUGCAUUAUUUUCUAAGUUAUUAGAACGUUUGC